UUGGGCGGCGUGAUCUCGCCGCGGUUCCGCGGCCGUGCCGCCGCCGCCGCCGCCGCCAGCAGAGCGCACCGGGCGGGCCGGGCGAGUGGCCAUGGCGGGCGCCGAGGACGGGCCGGGCCAGCAGCCGGAGCUCGACGAGGAUGAGGCGGCGUAUUGCCGGCGCUGGGGCGCGCAGCACGCCGGGGCCCGCGAGCUGGCCGCGCUCUACUCGCCAGGCAAACGCCUCCAGGAGUGGUGCUCGGUGGUCCUGUGCUUCAGCCUCAUCGCCUACAACCUGGUCCACCUGCUGCUGCUGGCCCGCUGGGAGCACACGCCCUCGGUCAUCCUGGGCGUCGUUGCAGGGGCUGUCACCGCGGACUUCUUCUCCGGCCUGGUGCACUGGGGAGCCGACACGUGGGGCUCCGUGGAGCUGCCCAUCGUGGGCAAGGCUUUCAUCCGGCCCUUCCGGGAGCACCACAUCGACCCCACGGCCAUCACGCGGCACGACUUCAUCGAGACCAACGGCGACAACUGCCUGGUGAUGCUGCUGCCCCUGCUCAGCAUGGCCUACAGGUUCCGCACCCAGAGCCCAGAGGCCCUGGAGCAGCUGUACCCCUGGGCGUGCUUCGUCUUCUGCCUGAGCAUCUUCGGCACCUUCACCAACCAGAUCCACAAGUGGUCGCACACGUACUUCGGGCUGCCACGCUGGGUCACCUUCCUACAGGACUGGCAUAUCAUCCUGCCACGGAAGCACCAUCGCAUCCACCACGUCUCGCCCCACGAGACCUACUUCUGCAUCACCACAGGCUGGCUCAACUACCCGCUGGAGAAGCUGGGCUUCUGGCGGCGCCUGGAGGACCUCAUCCAGGGCCUGACGGGCGAGAAGCCUCGAGCGGACGACAUGAAGUGGGCCCAGAAGGUCAAGUAGCUCCUCCACGCCGGCCUCCCGGCUGCCAGCCUUCCCUCGCCCCCCAACGAAGCCAUCUGCCAGACCCCGGCCUCCUCGAGCUGGCCCUCCACGUGGGAGGACGUCUCCGGGCUGGGCCUGGGCACCCCGCCCACCCCUCAUGACAGAAUACGCGAGCCACUGAUGUUUCCAUUUCCUCCUGUGUCGUCUUUCCCGGGCCUCCCAGCCAGCCGAGCCGCCCGCCUGCCAAGCCUGGCUGCAGAAACAAGCCCUGGCCGGCCAGCCGGCCCUCGGGCACAGGGUCCACUCCCGCACCCCUGCCUCCCAUCACAGGCGGCCCUUCAGUGUGGCUGGCAUUGGGCUGCUGAGUCACCUGUGUCCUUCCUCGUUUGACACCAGUGACCAGGGAGGCCCCAGGACACUUCCGUGUCCCCGGGUCACUGUCCUGCCAUGGUCCUAUAAACUGACCCAAGGCCUUGGUAGGGGGCCCAAGCCACUAACUUCAGCCCCACCUGUCCACCCAGGGAUGGCAAGCCCCGCAAGGGUCAGGGCAGCUGGCCAGGAAAGGCUGGGACCCUCCACCCAGGCCUGGACAUCCCAGGCCCACCUCCACCUGCCCACGGGGUUCUGGCCAGACCUGGCGCCUCCCGUACAGGAGUGGCCUUGCAGAGCAUGACCCUGCAGAGGCUUGUGGUCACUGGGGAAGGGUUCCGUGUCCCUUCUGGCCAAAGUGUGUCAGAGAAGGAAGAGUGGGGCUUUCUGUUUUGUUUUUUUUUUUUUUUUUUUAAAGGUGCUUGCUUGUUUAAUGUAAAUAAUAGAAAGCCUUAAUAUCUUUUCUGUAAUAUGGAGUAAUAUUUUAAUGUCAUGUUUUGGAUGUACAUAAUAUAUUUAUAACAGCAGCGAGACCUGCUUAACCUUGGCCGCCUCCUGGUGUUUCCUGGUGGGCUGGGUUGGGGGGAGUUCGGAGCCUGGGGGGAGGCUCACCCACCCCAUUCCCAGCUCCCCCCAGCCCUAGCCUCAGGAUGGGGGUCCAUCACCCGAGACAGUGAAUCAAUGUUGACAUGCUCCCAACGCUUUGGGAAGGACCGGACAUGGUGGCCUUUCCUCAGAUCAUGGUGUAGUAGUGAGGACUGAUCCCGACCCCAGAAUCCCUCCAGCAAAUGUUUACUGGCACCUGCUGAGUGCAGGCUGGGGUCCCGCAGGAACAACCCAGGAGGACCUGCCCUGGUGGAGCCGACCCCCUGGGGAAAGAGACAAUAAACAUAAAUAAAUGCACUGGAAA